ACCUGUUUGCCUUUGUCUUGAGUCCAUUCAGGAAAAUACUCUCGCGAAAAAUUCGAGUAAUUCAACAUAGUCUCAAGCCUUUUUGAAUAUCUAACUGACGUGAUACAUUUAUCUGAAGAGGUUUCAUUCGUUUCGAAGCAUAUAUUCUGACACAUCGAUUAUCUUGUCAUAAAUACAUAUUAAAGUCGUAGAAAGAUUAGUUUAUAUGUCUCAAAGAUCGAAACUAGUGAGCUGGUUUAUCCAGUGUUUUGCUAUUUCACUCAUUUCAGGAUGGGUUGUGAAUGCUGAGGAGUAUAAACUGAAAAGUGCUCCUGAAUGUCCAACGAUUAAGAACCAAGUAUGGUUAUUGGACGCAGACAACGUUUGUCACCAAGUGGGUUCUCAAGGUCCUUGCGGGUCCAACAUGUUGUUUUUUCCACAUCCUAGUCGAGCAGAUAAAACUCAUGGAUUCUGUGAUUGCUUUGACGCUCGAAUGGAGACUGAGGAUGAAAUCCAAGUUAUUAACAACCCCGAGCUGAGCCAUUGCCUUAAGUUUGAAUUGAGAAGCCAAAUUUUCGUCCCUGAAAGAAAUAGAUGCUAUUCUGCCUUUGAUCAGGGUCCAUGUCCAUCUGGAAAAUGGCUGGUAUUGAACGAAACUUACUAUCCAAUUUGUGCUCGCCAUCAAUGUGAAAGUGGAAAUGCUGCUGAUCCUUUGUCAGCCCGUUUCAAAUUCUCCCAUUCGGCUGCAGACAAACGCUGCUAUGAGACGAUGGCCAGAGGAUAUUGUCCUAAAUUCUACAGACUGAGGUUCUCUCCUAAUGACUGGCUUCCAAAGUGCCGAUAUUCUCCACGUUCGCUACAGUCACCGAUCGCUUGUCCGGCUACCAAACUGUGGAAGGGAACUAUAAGAUCCAGGUGUAAACCAGGAAGCAGACGAGACUAUUUGUCAAAAUGCUCGCGCAGCGUGAACCCAAGGUGAACAAUGAAAAAACAUCUCCAAGUUAUGUUCCAAUUUACCCUACUUUUUAAUUUCGAUUUAAAUCCAAUAAAAUAAAUGAAAAAACCCGAUUGUCGAGUAA